AUGGAUCGUUAUGGAAAGACAUCGAAUGGAAUGGAAUUGACUCGAAUGGAAUGGACUGGAAUGGAACGGACUCGAAUGGAAUGGGCUGGGAAGGGAGGGGUUGAACGGAAUGGACUGGAGAGGAAUGGACUCGAAUGGAAAGGAAACGAGUGGAAUGGAAUGGAGUGGAAUGGCUUGAAAUGGAUAAGAAAUGAAAAGAAUGUAAUGGAAUCGGAUGGAAUGGAAUUGAAUGUAUUGGAGUCGAGUAGAACAGAAUUGAAUGGAAUGGCAUCAAAUGGAAUGGAAACGAAAGGAAUGGAAUUGAAUGGACUCAAAUGUUAUGGAAUCAAAGGGAAUGGACUCAAAUAG